AUGGAACCUCUCUAUCAUCAAACAAAUAAACUGAUUCAGGAAACUCAGGCUUGUUUCCAGCUGCUAAAUUCCUCACAAGGCAAUGCGGGAAACGUGGAGAGUGAGAUCCAGACUAAAAUAGCUGCUGUCAAUGCGAAUUGCGAGCGAUUGGAUGUGUUUGUCUUCAAGGUACCUGUAGCACAGAGGCAGAAUGCUAAAAUGCGUGUGGAUCAGUUGAAAUACGACAUCCGGCACUUGCAGGCUGCUUUGAGGAUAUGGCAAGACAAGAAGCAACGAAGGGAGCAGGAAAUAAAUGAAAGAGAGCAACUCCUGAACCGGCGCUUUACGGCAAAUUCGGACAUGUCCAUUGACAUUGAUUAUUCCGUGCAGCACCACAAUGCAAUGCAAAAUGCCCAUCGGGGAGUGGAUGACAUGAUAAGUUCUGGCAGCAACAUCUUGGACAGCUUACGGAAUCAACGGGAGACACUGAAAGGGGCACACAAGCGCAUUAUGGACAUUGGAAAUACACUGGGACUCUCAAAUCAGACUAUGAGGAUGAUCGAGAGGCGAGUCCGGGAAGAUAAAUACGUCCUUUUUGGCGGGAUGUUUGUUACAUUGACGAUAAUUGGGCUAUUUUUGUAUUAUUUUGUAUUUUAGCAUCGCCUAUUUGUAGGCACCGAACAUAAUCAUUACCACUCUGUACUAUAAAAUUAAACUAUUAAAUCGGAAAUUUAUUUA